AUGACCUGCAUCAUGGACCCCGUAUACCAGCGGCCCCACCAGCCAAUGUGGGGUCCUUCGGCUGCCCCUGUACCCACUCUGGAAAUGGAGUACUAUGUCACCCACCCUCCCUUCACCUCUCCCCCAGCCACACCCAUGACACCAGUCACUCCACACCCGCACAUUUUCAACCCCCCUCAUUACGAGGCCGCCAUUCCUGCCCCUCCACCAAACCCCUUCCCUCCAGCCCCUCAGCAGAGCUACCCUCCACUGGACUUCAGACUGUUUGCCCUCUGUCAGCAGCUGCUCUCUUACAGCCAGAUUCCUGAGACCCACCAGAAGGCGUUCUGGGAUCAGUUUAUGAUGGAAUACUUCACAGAGAAUGCCACGCUAACAGUUGGAGGAGACUUCGGCGAAGGCCACCGGAAAUACAGUUAGUCCACUCUCGCUGGCUUCCCUUCCUCCCUCCUACCUGGCAGCCCAUGUGGCUUCCCUCCCUCCUCCCUGGCAGCCCCUCUACACCUCUUGCUGCCCACUCCCUGAAAAUCUCUGGACACAGAAAUGCCAUCCCUCCCUCUGGAAUGUAAUUUCAGGGCCUUCUUGCCAAAAGUGACACCUGGAUCCUACAGUGCCCGGGACACCUUCCCGGAUCCUACAGUGCCCGGGGACGCCUUCCCGCCUUGUCUUCCUCCUUUAUUUCCUCCCUUUUCUCGCUCUCUCACCAGAAUCCGCCUUAUAGCUGAGUGUGUGCUAGUUUUGAGUCCAACAUAUCAAUAUUUCUGUAGCACUACAAGAGUUUUGGUGACACGUCACUCUCGCUUACCUUGUGGUAUAUAUAGUGAGUGCUGCUGUAGUGCAUGGCUUGUCUUAGC